AUGAGAGGAAAGACCGGGGUUGCUGCUCUGCUAGCGAUCAGUCUUAUCGGAAUCAAUCUCCUGCGACGAGGCGCCCAGCUUUCAACCUUCCUUGCGAUAGUGCCAGGUUCAGCAAUAACUUCGACUGAACCAUUACCUGGGCUAAAUGAUGGAGCACCAAAACAGGGUUCCGCGCCACGCAGAAUUCUGAUGGGGAUAAUCGGAGUGGGAAACAAGGAAGUAGGCAAUACUCGGCUGGAGGGGCGGCGACGGAGGAUCAUUCGUGAAACCUAUUUGAAGCACCUUGGAUCAUUCAACACAUCAUACCGAGUUUGUUCCAUUUCAAAGCUCAUCUCGAAGAAGGAGACUGCAGAUAACUGUGAAAUCAUAUAUACAUUUGUGAUUGCAACCAAAGGGGUUGCUACGAAUCUGAAUAACAUGAAAAAAUCCAAGGAAAAAUUGAGGAAGAACAAAGGUGAAUAUGAGCCAGAUAAAAUUUUCAUCAAAGUGAAGAAGCCUGAGAACAAAUAUCAGGCAACACAAGCAUGGCUAUCUGCAGCCAAACAAAUACAAGUGAGUACUGCUAGUACCAAGCUGGGCCAAUUCGACUACAUCAUGUCCCUGUCCACUGAUCUGAUGAUCCAACCUCAAGAAUUUUGGGAGGAGAAUGCGAUAUUCUUCACGUCCAAUGAGACUUCAAAUUUGGCAGCCUCCUACAAAGAAAGCAUCUUGUUCCUUUCCAAAGACUUUGCAAUUUACUUCUCUGAUAAGAAGCCUGCAUCAUUAUCUCAGGGCAUUGUUCAGUAUCAACGCGAGACGAGGACAAACAUGUCUGUUGUAAAGAUGGGAGGCAUCAAACCAGCAACUGGAGUUCCAGUGAAAACACUUGCUGAUUGGGACAAAUACAUAAAUCCAAAGGUGCCAAUGUUCGAAAAAGACCUCGUUGAGAAUGAGGGUGUCUCAUACUCAAACAAGACACAGUACAGUGGAAUGCCACGGAUGCUCUUUGGCAUAUUCACAACUAAUCUGAAAGCAAUCGAGCGCGAAAGAAGAGAUACACUUCGAAGCACAUACCUUAGUUUCUAUAACAACAGUGAAACUCCCCAUCGAAUAUGCAGUCUUCAGCAGCUCUUAAGGAACGAAGUGAAGGACGAAGACUGUCAGAUUGCAUAUACAUUUGUUGUUGGUGCCAAUCGGAAUGGCCCUACAAGUAGAGUAGAAGCUAACGCUACUGAAUCAAUGGUGAUUCCUGCGAGCACAUUGAAGGAUGCCGAGGAUGAUGUCUUGUACUUGGACAUCAAAGAGAACAUGGAAGAGGGGAAGUCUGAUACAUGGUUCAGAUUUGGAUAUCUGCUUUCGGAAACGUUAUAUUUUGACUACAUUGCAAAGGCAGAUACAGACACGGUUGUCUAUCCACCUUCUUUUGUCAGGGAUCUAAAACGAAUGCCCAUGUAUCCCUGGAACAAGAGGAUAUUCGGGGGCAAAUAUGACAUCCGGUUCGACUAUCCAACGAAAUACCGAAUAGUUGGCCCAACCUUUAUGAGCGGCCUACUCUACUGGAUGUCUCCAGACUUGGCCAGUUACAUCACCGAUCCGGAGCAAUGUAACCGCAAGAAGUAUCACGCACCUUUUGAGGACCUGAAUAUUGCAAACUUGAUCCACACCCACCCUCAAAUGAUUCGUCGUGUUCAGAUGAGUUAUUCAUCCAUAGAUCAUCCAGUCAAGAACGUUGGCGAUUUCAAGACGAAGUGGAAAAAGUAUUUGAAGGCAUUCACGAAGAAUUGA